AUGUCCAUGAGCGCGAACACCAUGAUCUUCAUGAUUCUGGGGGCGUCGAUCGUGAUGGCCAUCGCGUGCUUGAUGGACAUGAACGCGCUGCUGGACCGAUUCCACAACUACAUCCUCCCGCACUUGCGGGGCGAGGACCGCGUCUGCCACUGCAACUGUGGUCGGCACCACGUCCACUACGUGAUCCCGUACGACGGGGACCAGUCGGUGGUGGACGCCUCCGAGAAUUACUUCGUGACAGACAACGUCACCAAGCAGGAGAUCGACCUCAUGUUGGGGCUGCUGCUCGGCUUCUGCAUCAGCUGGUUCCUGGUGUGGAUGGAUGGCGUCCUGCACUGCGCGGUGCGCGCCUGGAGGGCCGGCCGGCGCUACGACGGCUCGUGGACCUGGCUGCCCAAGCUAUGCAGUCUGCGGGAGCUGGGCCGGCGGCCGCACAGGCCUUUCGAGGAGGCGGCCGGGAACAUGGUGCACGUGAAGCAGAAACUCUACCACAACGGCCACCCGAGCCCGCGGCACCUCUAAGCCAUGCGCAGGACUCGCGGGCCGCCGGCCACGCGUCCACGCACACGGGACUGGACGGCCACCCCGGGCCAGGGCGCCCGCGGCCGCCGGGCGUGUCCAGCGGAAGGUGCUGUCUCUUCUUUUUAUAAAGGGGGUCGGGU